GGCCGAUAUACUCCAAUGUACCCACCAUCAUCUCCAUUGUUCUCAUCAGUUCUCUCUGUCCACCUUCACUCCUCUAAUCGCUCACACGCAUCAACCACCCUUAUCUCUAACGCUCCCUCCAGAACCACACUCUCUGCUCUCAAAAUGGCCACUGGAUGUGUGCACGAAGUUCUUCCACCUGCUCUUGAUUCUACUUCAGAUCCACCUGCAAUCUUCGAUGGGACGACAAGGCUGUAUAUUUCCUACAUAUGCCCAUAUGCCCAACGUGCGUGGAUUACCCGAAACUGUAAGGGAUUGCAGGAGAAGAUAAAAUUGGUUCCUAUUGAUCUGCAAAACAAGCCAACUUGGUACAAGGAGAAAGUUUACCCGCAGAACAAGGUGAAAUUAUUCUAAUGCAGUCAGUGCUUUAUGGGUAUUUCGACGAAUGAUGUAUAUGAAAUUGUUCCAAAUGGUUUUAUAUGAUGCAAAAUGAAAUUCUCUGAAAUGUCAAGUAGAAGAGUCAAAGUGAAUUACAAUAGAAUGACUUCAUUGCUUGAAUAUUACAGAUUUACAAAAACUUGAUGGCUUAAUUUUAAGGGAAACUUGUGAGAAUUUAGAAAUCUUACAACUCGGUUAUGAGCCAAACAAUGGAUAGUUCUGAUAAGAAGAUGAAAUUGAGAUGAGACAAAUAGGUUGCUAAUAGUUGUGUCAGUAUAUAAUACACACUAGCUGCGGGUGCACACACAAUGCUACGUGCAAAGAUCUAUAGUUUAUGAUGUGUGCAAAGCUUUGUAGUUUAUAAUGAAUAGAAACCGUCCAUGUUUGUGAAGUUUUAAAUAUCUAAACCCAUUUGAAUUUUCACAUGACCGUUCUCAAACUAAUCAAUUGUUGGGGGCAUUUU